AUGUUGGUGGUUCGUUUGAUGCUUCUGUUUGCUGUGGUGGCGUGGACCACUUCGUCCGGUGCCUCUUCACUUGCCCUAAGAGACUCCGCGGCGAGUGCUAGCAGCUGCCAGCCCAGUGGCCCCGCCACCGUGGUGGAUAUCGACACCAGGCUCGCCGUCGGAGCCACCAGCCUCGACAUCGGCACCACCAACGUAGACCUCCUCAGCCCGCGCACCGUCGUCGAGUUCGACCCGCCGUUCGACCCGCCGGCCAAGAUGUUGAGCGCCUCGUGCUCGUGCGGCGACAUCCUGGGCCUGCGCUGCGACGCCACCUGGUUGUUCAACGCGGCGGCCCUGGCGGAGUCGCUCGUCGGCCACAACAUCACCGCGCGGCUGGGCCUCACCAACGGCACCUACCUGACCACCUGGACCCGCGUAGCGACCGUCAUGCCCGCGCCCGUGCUGGUGGCCUCCAACACCACCCAGGUGCCCCAGUACACCACCACCUUCACCGUGGACGGGCACUACCUCGGUCUGCCCACCAUCAACACCAGAAGCAGUGGUGGUGACCAGGACUUGCAUCUUUUCUUCAAAGAUGUAAAUGGCAACAACGUAGAGGCUCAGGUGGUGCAGGUCAGCGACGAUGCCACGUCAGCGACGGUCACGUUCACCGCGGGCGGACCCCAGGCGCUGGGACCGCUGUGGGCCUGCGUCGAGCUGUGGGGCGCAUUGACCGACUACGUGCAGGUGGCGACCGUGGUCGAGGCCCGGCCCGACGCCACCUCCAAUCUCGUCUGCUACAGCACGGACGCGGGCGCGACGUCGGCAUCGAUCGAGGCGGGGAGCAAACUGCCGUGCACCAUCUUCAUCCAGGACAACGGCCAUCCCGUCCAGGGCAGCCUCAAUGACUUCAGCAUCUUCCUCGGUCCCGGGUCGCAUGGCCUGCUGGGCAGCGCAUCGAUGAGCCCGAACCGCUACAGAAUCUUCUUCACCUACACGGCCCCGGCUUCGCGUGGGUUCGAGCAGCUGCACGUCACGUUCAACUUGUCCACGGAGAUCAGCGGCGCGCCGUUCAACAUCACCAUUUGGGAGGACAAGUCCGGGUCGGGUGGUGACGCGGUGCCGUGGCACAUCAUCAUCCCCGUGGUGGCGUCUGUGGGCGGUGUGCUGGUGAUUGCGGGUGUUGUGGCCUGGGCUCUGUGGCUGCGAAGAAGAAGGCGCUGCCACUACGAGACGAUCAACGGGUACCACUGA